GAAUUUUAUAUUUAAUAAAUUACAAAUUAAAAAUAUAAAUAAAAUAACCACUGUUUUAAAUAGUAAUCGUAAUAAUAUUAUAAAUAAUUCAUCAAAAUAUUUUUCAACAACUGUAAAUAAUAAUAAUAAUAAUAAGAAAAUGAACAAAGCAAAGAUUGAAAUCUUUCCAGAACUCGAAUCUGCCACUGGCCAAGUAUUGAUUAUCGACGAAAGUACUAAAAAGUGUGCAAUUUUAGAUUCAGUAUUAAAUUAUGCUCAAGCAAGUGGAAAAACCUCAACUACUGAUGCUGAUAAAAUAGUUAAAUAUAUUAAAGAGAACCAAUUAGAACCAGAAUGGAUUUUAGAAUCACAUAUACAUGCCGAUCAUUUGUCAGGUGCCCACUAUUUAAAAUCAAUUUAUCCACAAGCUAAAACUGCUAUUGGUGAGGGUGCCAAGGUAGUUCAAAAAACAUUCAAAACAAUUUAUAAUCUCGAACACUCAUUCCCAGUCGAUGGUAGUCAAUUUGACCAUCUCUUUAAAGAUGGUGAAGAUUUUAAAGUUGGAACCCUCAAUGUUAAAGUAAUUGCUACACCAGGUCACACUCCAGCAUGUGUUAGUUAUUAUGUAGAAAAUGAUUGUGUUUUCGUAGGUGACACUAUGUUUUUACCAGAUGUUGGUACUGCUCGUUGCGAUUUCCCAAAUGGUUCUGCAGAGACCCUCUACAAUUCAAUGAAAAAGAUUUUAGCUUUACCAGAGGAUGUUAAAGUUUAUGUUUGUCACGACUAUCCACCAGCUGGUAGAACCAUUACUUUCGAAACAACUAUUGGUGAACAAAGAAAAACAAACAAACACAUUAAAGAUUCAGUUUCAAAAGAAGAAUUCAUUAAAAUGAGAACUGAACGUGAUGCAACUCUCAAGGCUCCACAAUUACUUUUACCAUCUAUCCAAGUUAAUAUUCGUGCUGGUGAAUUACCACCAAAAGAAGAUAAUGGUAUUUCAUAUAUCAAAAUUCCAUUAAAUUAUUUAAAACAAUAAAAAUAGAAUUUUAAUUUAUAAAUUGUAAAGAUA